CAAACGAAUGUCAAAAUGAAAAAACGAGAAAACGCCGCUUUUGACUUGUAUUUAUUUGUUCGCAGCAUAGUUGCAAAAAAUAAAUAAGCGGCUUUUCCGAUAUAUUUUAGUUUAUUUAUUCACUACCCAGUAUCCGAGUGUUGCACCGAUUCUCUUGCACCUGAAACUACUGCACGCUCAUCAUGAAGGUUGCGCUAAUGGUGGCAGAAAAGCCAUCGCUAGCAGCAUCGCUAGCGAGCAUCCUGAGCAAUGGGAAGUGUUCGGUGCGAAAAGGAUCGAACAGUGCCUGCUCGGUACACGAGUGGGUGGGUCAGUUCCGGGGCGAAACGACCCGGUUCAAAAUGACGUCCGUGUGUGGUCACGUCAUGGGGUUGGAGUUUGUCGGCAAGUACAACUCGUGGGAUCGCGUCGAUCCGGCUGAGCUGUUCGGGUGCCCGACCGAGAAAAAAGAAUGCACACCGAACCUACGGAUGCCAUACUUCUUGGCACAGGAAGCGCGCGGUUGCGACUACCUCAUUCUGUGGCUCGAUUGCGAUAAGGAGGGUGAAAACAUAUGCUACGAAGUGAUGGCUGCCGUAUCUGACUCGAUACACAACGUGCAUUCCAACCGGGUGACGUACCGUGCAAAGUUUUCCGCCAUCACCGAGAAGGACAUCAAGUACGCGAUGGACAAUCUGAUUCAUCCCAACGAGAACGAGGCGAAAUCGGUCGACGCACGGCAAGAGCUCGAUCUGCGCAUUGGCUGCGCGUUUAGCCGGUUUCAGACCAAGUUUUUCCAGGGCAAGUAUGCGGACUUGGACGCAUCGCUCAUCUCGUACGGUCCUUGUCAAACGCCGACGCUUGGGUUUUGCGUACAGCGGCACGACGAAAUACAAACGUUCAAGCCGGAAACGUUCUGGUACGUGCAGGUUUCGGUGGGCGAAAGCCCGGAAGUCAAGCUCGAGUGGCACCGGGUGCGUGUGUUCGAGAAGGAAAUUGCCUGUAUAUAUUUGAACAAGGUGAAGGACCACAAGGAGGCAACAGUUGAAGCGGUAAGCACGAAGGAACAGGUCCGUGGACGUCCGCAAGCACUUAACACCGUUGAGCUGAUGCGCGCCGCCAGUGCUGGGUUGGGCAUUGGUCCUCAUACCGCAAUGCAAAUUGCAGAAAAGUUAUACACACGAGGUUACAUUAGCUAUCCCAGAACAGAAACCACUCAGUAUCCUACAAACUUUGACCUAAAUGGAGUCGUACGACUGUUACAACCCUCGUCGGAGUUUGGUGAAGAAGCGAAAGCGAUCGCCCGCGACAUGACCCAUCCCCGCAAGGGCAACGAUGCCGGCGACCAUCCACCCAUCACACCGAUGAAGUUGGCCUCCCGCAACGAGCUUGACGGGGACAGUUGGCGCGUGUACGAUUACAUUUGCCGCCACUUUCUUGGUACGAUUUCACGCGAUCUUAAGUAUCGCACGCACACGACCAAGUUCCGGAUCGGGGGCGAGCUGUUUACGGCCACCACCAGCGCACUGAUCGAUCCCGGCUUUACCAAGGUCAUGACGUGGCAAGCGUUCGGGAAAAAUGAGCUAGUACAUCAGUUUGCAGUUAACGAUAAGGUGAAGAUCAGCGACGUGCGACUAGUGGAGAGCCAAACUGGCCCACCAGACUAUCUGACGGAGUCGGAACUGAUUUCACUGAUGGAAAAACAUGGCAUAGGUACGGACGCAUCGAUCCCGGUACACAUAAACAAUAUUUGUCAGCGUAAUUAUGUGGUGAUUGGCAGUGGUCGUACACUGACGCCCACCAACCUUGGCAUUGUGCUGGUACACGGAUAUCAAAAGAUCGAUCCGGAGCUGGUACUUCCGACGAUGCGAUCGGCCGUCGAGCAGCAGCUGAAUCUCAUCGCGCACGGUUCCGCCGACUACCGGUCGGUGCUGAAGCAUGCGGUCGAAAUAUUUCGCCUCAAGUUUCUGUACUUUGUGCAAAACAUCAGCAACAUGGACAUACUGUUCGAGUCCACCUUUUCCUCGCUCAGCUCGUCCGGCAAAUCGUUGUCGCGCUGUGGCAAAUGUCGGCGUUACAUGAAAUACAUCCAAUCCAAGCCAGCCCGUCUCCACUGCCCAACGUGUGACGAAACGUACACGCUGCCUGUUAAGGGUUCGAUUCGGGUGUACCGUGAACUCAAAUGUCCGCUCGAUGACUUCGAACUGGUCGCCUGGACGAAUGGUGCGAUGGGUAAAGCAUUCCCGCUCUGUCCGUACUGCUACAAUCACCCACCGUUCAGGGAUAUGGUAAAGAAUUCGGGCUGUAACAACUGUCCGCAUCCGACGUGUGCCCAUUCCCUGUCGCUGUUGGGCGUUUCGAGUUGUAUGGAGUGUGAGCGGGGCGUUCUGGUGCUGGAUUGUACAAUGACACCCAAAACAUGGCGUCUGGUGUGCAACGGGUUGUGCGAUGUCAUUGUCAAUUGCUUUGCGGACGCGGUGAAAGUGACCGUUGAAGCCGAUUCGUGUGAAGAGUGUGGCGCCCAGCUAGUUACGGCCGUGUACAAACAGGAAAAGACUCCGUUCAAAGACGACGUAACGGAGAAAAAGGGAUGCAUUUUCUGUUUCGCCGACUUUAUGCCUCUGGUUGAGAAGCACAAGGCGGUCGAAAUGCGGCGCAAUCAUGCCGGUGGCGGCCGUGGUGGACGGGGUCGAGGUUUUCGUGGCCGGGGUGGCAAGGGUGGAAGGGGCCGGAACAAAGCACCCAAGGAUAAAAUGACGCAGCUUGCAAAUUAUUUUGUGUAGCUC